AUCAUUUUAGGAACCCUCCUACAUUCAUACCAUUGUCUCAAUCACAAUCACAAACCAAACAAGGGAUUAGAGACAAUGGCCCUUACAAAGAACACAUUAACAACUUUUCUUUCCAUUUUUGCCCUUCUCUUCUUUGCAUUAUGUUCCAAUGCCCACCCCUCCCCUUCCCCAUCCCCAUCCUCAUCCCCAUCCACACCCCCCUCUGAUGAACCUACCGACGACACCUCGGCCGACUCCCCGAUGUCUCUUUCGGAGCUUUUCGAACUUGCAUUGCCCGAAAUCGGCGUACAAAAGAAAGCGGCCACCUCAGAGACCGAGGGGAGUAAAGUGGCAAGCAAACAACUCGAAGCGCUAGAACUUAAGAUCAGCGACUUCAAACCGGUCCUUCAGAAACAAUUAGAGGAUCCCAACACAUCAAAACCGGUUAAAAACUGCUUAAGUCAAUGUCAAGAAAACUUUGCUAGUGCCAUUGAAGGUGUAAAGAAAAGCAUCGAAAGCAUCCGAAAACAAGAUCUCGCCAAGGCUAACAUUGACAUAAGUGCUAUAUCGACGAAUGUUGAUACAUGUAACAGUUGUUUCGUUGACAUGAAGGCUGAAGAUCUCGAGAUAAAGGCGGUUAAUGAUUGGGUUCAAGGGGUCACCGGAGAUUGCCUUGCUAGUCUUAAAAAAACAUGA